CGUCAGUGUGAAUUGGACCGCAGUCCGUUCGAGUCAAGUGAGGUUAUGUGUACGAUGCAGGACCAACGUUGAUAACAGACAAUGAUUUUUUGUGUUUUAAAGUGAUCGAAUGACGAUUUAAAUCCCAGUGGGGUAUAUUGGCUACGUCAUGGCUGACUACUGGAAAUCUCAGGGCCGUAAAUUCUGCGAUUUUUGCAAAUGCUGGAUCGCCGACAAUAAACCGAGCAUCGAGUUUCACGAGGGGGGUAAAAAGCACAAAGAAAAUGUUGCGAAACGGCUCAAGGAAAUACACAAGGCGAGCGCCAAGCAAGCCAAGCAGCAUAGAAAAUUCGAAGAUGACCUCAAAAAGAUGGAGACGGCAGCGAUGGCCGCCUACCUAAAAGACGUUGAGAACAACACCAAGGAUUUAACUGCGGAGAGAAUAAUUCGCGAGAAAUUGGAAAAAGCUGCAAGGGGCGAGAGUACCAAACCGGAAGUACCAAAUCCGCCGCAACUCGCAGCUCCAGAAGCGAGUCCCAGAUACAGAAAUAGAGAAUUUCAUCCUGUCGUUGGAGGCGACGCGCGAAAGGGGCGAAAACAUCGAGGCGAUCGAGAGGGCCCGGCGGACGUCGAUCCCUGCGAUCCUUCGUCUUCGAGGCGGCCACGAUCUCUGGGCUCCGGAAAAUUUGCAGCUGCACCACCUGCGAGUACGACCGGUGGCGGAGAACCGAAAGUCCCUGGCAAAUCGAAGGUCAAAGGGAAAAAGGGUCGUAAAGGAGAAGACGAAGUCGCCCAGGGUAGCAAACGGCAACCCGCUCAACAGAAACUUUGGUACGAGGCAGUCAGCCCCGAGGGCUACACUUACUACUGGCACGUGCAGACGAACGAAUCCGUAUGGGAACCACCAGAGGAAGGUUUCGCGAGCAUUGCCGAGCAGGAAGAGGAGGCCAAGGAGCAGGCUUUACAGGAGGAAUUGAUGGCGCAGGUUGCCGAAGAGGAGAAACAAAAAUUGGAGGAAACUGCCGAGGAGAGACGGGCGAACGAUGAAAGAGAAAAGUUGAAGGAGAUCCGAAAGUUGCGCGAGCAACAGCGGACGGCCGAAGAUGACGACGAUGAAGAGUCGGCCGUCCCGUUCAGGAGGGACUACAGCGUACCUGAAAAACCAGACCCAUACGGCUCGUGGAAAACCGUGCAAGUCAUUAAAAAAAAACCGGUCGACCUGCAACUACCGAAACAAGAAGUUACACCGAUUGCCGUGCCUACUUUGGAAAAGGAAAUUCCCAUCCGAGUUUUCAAGGAAAAAACUGUCUCCUCGAUCCACGCCGGGGACAGCGACCAAGAGGAAUCAGCGGCACCCACUUUCAAAAAAAGAAAAUUUGGAAAAAUCAAUGUCCGGAAAAGAAUGGAUGACGAUUAACCGAAGCAAAAUUUUAUUGCUCACGAUAUGCCGACGUGUUCCUCGUGUACUUUCACUGCGGGACGUAAUAAAGCCUGGAGGAUCCCCGAAGAGGUUUUCGCUUUGUAUCGAUUCCGAAAUAGCACCCUAUCUCAUGAUUCGCCUUUUUCUCUCAAUUUCUCGAUACAACCAUGAUUCCGACAAGCGAAUGUUUUUCACUUCGCCAAUGACGAUCUUAAAAAACCAUGUGGCUUGGACUAGCAACAAUUGGAUCUGAAACGCCAACUUGGUACAGAAUAAAAUAUAUUUUAUUGGACAACUAACAAUUAUCAGAUAGAAAUAAAUAUUUUUUGGUAUAAAUAGAUUCCAAUUGAAAGCUUAAUGAUGGAAUUUUUGUGACGUAUUCGCAUACGUUAACAAUAUUCACAAUUUGUAUACUAAUUUCUUACAAACUAAAGAUAUGUUGCAGUCA